UUGUCACUACAACCCAUGUCGGUAGUUCACUUGGAUUUUACUUCUCCGUUUCAGUCCUGCACUUACCCCUAUAUAUGAACACAUUUUGUACCUAAAGACAUCCUCACUCCUUUACAAAGAUCAAAGAUGGGUUGUUUAUCUACUCUGCUUCUGCUAUUUACUCUUGCUUCUUCUUCAUUUUCCAGUGCAGAAAUCUCAUCUCAACUAGGAAUAUGCUACGGACAACUUGGAAACAAUCUCCCAAUUCCAAAAAAUUCAGUUGACUUAAUCAAAGGUCUCAAAGCCAAAAGAGUCAAGAUCUAUGAUACAAAUCCACAAAUCCUUGAUGCUCUUAAAGGCACCAACCUUCAAGUUUCAGUCAUGGUACCAAAUGAACUCAUCAACAAUAUCUCUACUAAUCAAACCUUAGCUGACCAAUGGGUAAAAAAUAAUAUUGUACCUUUUUAUCCACACACAAUGAUCCGUUACCUCCUUGUUGGAAAUGAAAUCCUUAGUAGCCCACCCAAUACCACUUGGUUCAACCUUGUGCCUACUAUUCGCAAAAUUAGAUUCUCCGUCAAGAAAUUUGGUUUAGGAAAAAUUAAAGUCGGUACUCCAUUAGCUAUCGAUAUGCUUGAAUCGUCUUUUCCACCUUCAAAUGGUACAUUUAGAUCGGACAUUUCCGAAAAAGUUAUGAAACCAUUGUUGCAUUUUCUGAAUCGAACUAAAUCUUUUUUUUUCAUUGAUGUUUAUCCUUAUUUUGCUUGGGCUUCUCAACCUACAGUGAUUAAUCUUGAUUACGCCUUGUUAAAUUCCAAGAACAUUACUGUUUCGGAUCCGGGUACGGGUUUGGUUUAUACAAAUUUACUGGAUCAGAUGAUUGAUGCAGUGUAUUACGCUAUGAAAAGAGUCGGGUACCCGGAUGUUCGGUUAUUUAUUGCAGAAACGGGUUGGCCUAAUGCCGGUGGGGUGGAUCAAAUUGGAGCGAACAUCUACAAUGCAGCAACGUACAAUCGUAAUGUGAUAAAGAAGUUUACAGUUAAGCCACCUAUUGGAACCCCAGCUAAACCUGGAGUUGUUGUGCCGACAUUAUUAUUUGCAUUGUAUAAUGAGAAUCAAAAACCGGGUCCAGGUACAGAGAGGCAUUUCGGGUUAUUGUAUCCUAAUGGAACAAACAUAUACGGGAUAGACUUGUCUGGUAAGACGCCUGAAUCUGAAUAUAAAGCGUUGCCGAGAGCAAGGAACAAUGAACCGUACACAGGGAAAAUUUGGUGUGUUGUUAGUAGAAGUGCAAAUGCAUCGGAGUUGGGUGGAGCAAUGUCGUAUGCUUGUGGGCAGGGUAAUCGGACUUGUGAUGAGAUCCAACCCGGAGGCAAAUGUUACAAUCCGAAUUCUUUGGUGUCGCAUGCUAAUUAUGCAUUCAGUUCCUAUUGGUCUCAAUUUAAGUCUUCUGGUGGAACUUGUUAUUUCAAUGGGCUUACCAUUCCUACGAAAAAAGAUCCAAGUUACGGAUCUUGCAAGUUUCCAAGCGUCACACUUUAAAAAUGGGUCAAAUGGAAGCUACGGUGGCAGAUGCGUACAUUAAUUGCAUUCUUUUCUAUAUACGGUAGAAUAGAGUUACACAAAAUUGUCUAAUUGUGGAACUCAAGAUUGUUAUUUAUUUUUCUAAAUUAUUUUUCCAUUAGAUUUGUGUUCUUCCGUUAUAGAAGAAAAGAACCUAACAUAUUUAAUUAGAAGAAUGUUACAUUUUAAUAA